UGUUGAACGUUACAGUGCAAUUGUUCCAUGGAAAUUAGUAGCUCAAAAGGUUGAGGGCUGUAUACUUCAUCCGGGAACUAUGGACUUUGAGAUACUUGCAAACUCAUUGGACGGUGUUACAAUGGAGCUCGUCACAUUUGGACUGCAAAUUCUUUCAACCUCUCCGCGGCUACUUGUGAUAAUCCCAUCCAGAAUCUCUCCAUCACCACUCAACCACAACAGAAUUCGCAGCAGACCUCAAACCGGUAUGUUUUGUCAACCUGCAAGCAUAAGCCAAGCGCACAAAUCGUGAGCAACACAAUGGAAAAAUAACAACACCAUAAAACUUCAUUUCUUUCUCUCUUUUCCCUCUUAGUCAAACGGGUUCAUCAUUCAUCUCUCGAGGUUAUUUAGAAAAGAAAAAUGGUGAAGAUUUGCUGCAUUGGUGCUGGAUAUGUUGAUGGUCCAACUAUGGCAGUCAUUGCACUUAAAUGUCCAUCCAUUGAAGUGGCUGUUGUCGACAUAUCUGUAUCCCGCAUCACAGCUCGGAACAGCGACCAGCUUCCAAUCUAUGAACUCGGUCUUGACGAUGUUGUAAAGCAAUGUCGUGGCAGGAAUCUCUUCUUCAGAACUGAUGUUGAAAAGCAUGUCUUUGAGGCUGACAUAGUGUUUGUCUCUGUUAACACCCCGACUAAAACUCAGGGUCUCGGUGCCGGCAAAGCAGCAGAUUUGACAUAUUGGGAGAGCGCGGCUCGCAUGAUUGCUGAUGUCUCAAAGUCUGACAAAAUUGUUGUGGAGAAAUCAACUGUUCCUGUCAAAUUUCUUCUUUCAAAACUUAAUAAAAUUAACUGUGAAAGAAUGCUAUAA